CAAAAUGAUGGGAUUGUCUCUUUAAAUGAUCCAAAGUCCCGAUAAAUUCCCAGUCGAGCCAAAACUUCAGGUAGAAAUUCAUAAUAAACGAUACAAAAUUGCUCGUGAAAAACCCGCAGUUUAUAUGUCUGAGGCUCAACCGAACGGUAUGUCGGGGAGGACGACCAUAAGGGGCAACCCGUCCCAGUAUGUAAAGCUGAAUGUCGGAGGCUCCUUACAUUACACCACAAUUGGUACCCUCACUAAACAUGAUACCAUGCUUAGAGCCAUGUUCAGUGGCAGAUUGGAGGUUCUUUCUGAUUCCGAUGGUUGGAUCCUUAUUGAUCGCUGUGGCAAACACUUUGGAACCAUAUUGAACUUCAUGAGAGAUGGAAAUGUCUCCUUGCCAGAAUCAAACAGAGAGAUAGCAGAGCUACUUGCUGAAGCAAAAUAUUAUUGCAUUGAAGAGCUUGCUGAAUCAUGCAACAAGGCUUUGCAGAAAAAGGAGAGAGGAGAAUAUGAACCUCAAUGCAUGGUGCCACUGAUAACAUCAUCAAAGGAAGAAGAAACUCUUAUAAGUUCGUAUUCAACCAAACCAGCCAUAAAACUGUUAAUUAACAGGCAUAACAAUAAGUAUUCAUACACAUCCACCUCUGAUGAUAAUCUUUUAAAGAAUAUUGAAUUAUUUGACAAGCUGUCACUGUGGUACAGCAAGAGGGUGAUGUUCUUGAAGGAUGUUAUCAGCACAGGAGAGAUUUGCUGCUGGGUGUUUUAUGGACAUGGAAAAAAGGUUUCAGAAGUUUGCUGCACGUCAAUCGUCUACGCGACCGAUAAGAAACACACGAAAGUGGAGUGUCCCGAGGCCCGAAUCUACGAAGAAACCCUGAAUAUCCUGCUGUACGAAAAUCUAAACGCACCAAAUCAGGAAUUGAUGCAGGCCACGUCUACGAGGGCGGCCGUUAGUGGCAUGUCCUCCUACACCAGCGACGAGGAGGAGGAACGUUCAGGUAUUGAACGACUGAGAUCUAAUAAAAGUAGUAAUACCAACUGAUUUUUGAGAAAAAGUCGCUCCUUACCUAGGACUAGUCAGUUUUAAUGUCUCGAUGUUUUUUUUUUCUAUGUUGUAAAGCGCGGGCGGUCAUUUUAUGCAAAAAAGUUACAAAAAAAAGAAAGAGAUAUUUAUUACGGUUUAGGUUACUAUAUUUUUACUGCAGUAUUUUUUUGAAAAAGAACCUUUUGGAAUACUUUUUUUUUACUUGUAAGUGGUUUAAAGUGGAAUUUAGAUCCAACUUAUAAAAGUCACAACAAAAGUAUUAGGCAUUUUAAAUGUUGGCUCUCAUGAGGAUCUUAAAAUAUAUAGGAUAGAAGAGGGGAACAGCUCAAAUAUUAUUGCCAAACUUUAUGACGUUUUAAAAAGUAAUUACUUCACUUCUGAACAACGAUGUCUGAUGUACUUUGUUCAGCUGUAUGUUCGCCUACUUUCAAUUUCUUGGAAAUAACAUUUUUCAUAUUAUGCUUGCUAUCAUAUAAGUUUUCCAAAUUAGUAGUUCAUGUGCAAGUGUCACUGGGGUUUAGUAAUUGUCAAACGCAAGUGUUCGUUAUUUUCAACUGGCCGAUCGUAGCUGUUUGCCAUAUACGUUAACUCUUUGAGGUACAGAAAAAAUGGUAAAAAUUUACCCAAGUGGUACAAAAAAAAUGUAUUCUUAUUUAUAACAAAAAAACAUAAAAACUAAUUCAAGGUGCUCUAAAAUAAAACAUAACAUUGAGAAAUAUCAAAUUUUUUACUUUUUUCUUUAAAAAACCCAUGGGACAUAUUUUGACCCACCAUACAACUGCCUAAAGUUAUUUUGUAUGUUAGGACUGAAAACAAGACUUGUUCUUUCCCAAACAUAGGGGAACUUCAGAUACGCUGCAGCUCCAGUUUAUGCGUAUUUCAAAUUCCUUGGAACUGCAGACUGCACAUCUUCGUCUACUGCUUCGUACUGGGUGAUGUGUACUUUGAGUAAGUCUAACCGUUUCUGGUUGGGAAGGUUUCCUUUUUUUGAUGGGAAUUGGUAAUGGUUUUUCGGUACCCUGUAAUGAUGUUACCAAUUUGUCAGCAACUAGAUGUUCUAUAAUAUUCAAACGAAAUUUUUUCAUGUUCAUUUUAGGCCGUUCAGAUAACUUGUAAAGCACGUAAGCAUUAACAACAGCAGCAUCAAUAAAGAAAAACAUGAUUCUAUGCCACCAUUUUUUGCUUUUUCGGUCGAGGCCGUAAACUGCCCUCAUUUGGUCAAAUUUAUCUACUGAGUUCAUAUGUUUAUUGUAAUCAGUCAGCGCUAUUGGGCAAGGUAUGUUUUCUACACUGCCGUCUUUCGCUUUCCUUUUGACCUCAGUUGUGUCAUCUGGGUUGUGAUAAUUUGAAAGAAGUUGAACUGUUCUUUUAUCGCGCCAUUUAAAUACUGAAAGUCCUGUAGAACUCACGUACCAGUCCCAGUCACCUCUGUGCAUUGCUUUAUCUUUCAGAAAUUGGGCCAUAUUUUUUCUGGUAUGUCUAACAUUACCACAGGCAAAUAACUUUUCUUGAUACAGUUGAUUCAUUAGAGCUACAUUUGUAAAAAAGUUAUCAAAGAAAAUUUUAUGAUACUUGUGUUUUAAAUUUUGUGUCAUCUGAAGCACUACUUUGGGUACCCAAACAUUUUUCUGCAACAGGACCGGUUUUGCUACAAUAUAUUUCAAGAUCCCAGCAAUAUCUAGUGCUGUCAGCUAUCAUCCACACUUUAUAGCCAGUCUUUACUGGCUUUGCAGGCAUGUAUUGUUUGAUCGUAGAUCGGCCUUUAAACUUUAUCAUAGACUCGUCCACUGAUAAAAAUUCGUGAGGAUGCAGACAGGCUUGAAAAUUGGAUUUCAACAUUUCUAAAAAUGGUCUUACCUUAUAUAAUUUAUCAAAAUUAUCGGAAUUUCGGUUGGGCAUGAAGUUGUUGUCAUUAAGAUAUACAUUACUUAGGAGCCAACCAAAGCCAUGGACAGUUAUUGGUCUACUAAUAUAGGGAUCAUGUAAAAUUGGAUCUGUACUCCAGUAAUCCCGAUUUGACGGCAGCUUUUUGAUACCCAUUAGUAAGUUUAUACCAAUAAAUGUACGCAUUUCUACACUAUCGGUGGGCUUAUAACUUUUGCCGGAAUUGUGAAAAAUUUGCUCUGCGUAGACGUUUGUUUGAAACACCAUAUGUUCGACAAUUUUGUCUGAAAUCAGAAGUUUAAAAUUAUUAUAUGGUGUCACCCUAUCUAGUUCCUUUAUGACUUGGGCUAGUCCUUCUUACUCCACUGUAUUUUAAAAAUGUUUUUAAUUCGCUCAGUGAAAUAAGGUCUUCGGGGUCCCAUUUCUCCGGUUCUCAGAAGCAGGAUCGGUAUCAGAGCCCGUAGCAGUAUCAGUAGGUACUAAAAAUGUGGUGUUGUCUUGGCUGGUUGAUGGUUCGUUUGGGUCCAUGUGGAUCUUUUGUUUGGAUUUUUUCUUUCGAUUUACGGAUACCAUUAUUGGUGCAUGUUUUGUACUUAGCAAUCUCACAUCGCGCGUAUCUUUCCAUAGCAAGACAACAGUACCAUCUGGAUCUUCAAGUGAUUUAACCUCGCCCCUUUUUAGAUUGGCUUUGGCAACUUCUUUGGGUAUAUCUUUUCGGGUUUUUCUAAAAGUGCCAACAACAUGGGUUUUUUCAUUUAGUAAGGUCUUCGCCAAAGUAUAACUUGUAUAAAAGUUUUCGAUGUAUAAUGUCCGUCCUUGGUGAAGGAGAUCUUUAGCCAACAAAAGACAUACAUUCUGUGCUAAUCCUGUUUCAUGAACACCAGAUGCUGACUUUCCUGAAUAAAUUUUUAGAGACCAGGUAAAUCCAUCUGUAGAACACAACUUGAAGAGUUUUAUGCCAUAACGAUGUGCCUUGUUAGGUAUGUACUGCUUAAAAAUUAAACGGCCUCUCCACGGAACAAGAGUUUCAUCCACCACUAUAUCUUCCCCCGGACAAUACAGUUCUUGAUAUUUUAUUUGCAUAAUAUCGACUAACGCCUGAAUUUUACCAAGACGAUCUCCUACAACAAUUUCUUUAUUAUCUUUGAAAUGCAACAUGGAUAGCAGAAGUUGAUAUCUAUUUCGUGACAUUACUGAAGAUGCAAUUUCAUUUUUAUAUAUCCCCUUUUUUGCCCAGUAAUCUUGUAAACUGCUAAUUCUAAUAAGACCCAUCCAUAAAGUUAAGCCCAGAAAUUUUUUGAUCUCUUCUUCGUCUGUAUCUGUCCAUUUAUUUAUACGGGAGUAUUUUGUCUUUUUCUUUGUCGCAAUACAUUGCUCUGCAAGUUUAUUGGUCUCUUUAACUAUCAAAUUCAAAACAUCAUGGUCUAUAAUUUGUAAAUAUACAGUAGUGGCAGAAAGUAGAGCAACUUCUUUAUUUUAAACACAUCUAUUUUAUUUAGUAAGAAAAUACAAUCAUAUUGGAAAUAUAAUACCAAUAAGAUCUAAGCAUUAUAAAUCUAUCAACAACUUAACUUAAUAUUCUUUGUUUAUAUUUUUUAUGUACAAAAAUUAAUUCUGGGGCGGAAAAAAGUAGAGCAACUUUUUAAGAAUUGAUGUUUUUCUUUUAGUAAAAACUGAAAUACAAUUACAAUUUUAGUAUUUUGUAAAAUAUCCAUCAUUUUUGAUAACUUCCUCACAACGGUGGCGCAUAGAUUGCAGUAACCUAGAAAUUAUUACUGGGUUCAUAUUACUCCAAGCUUCGUGUAAUGCAUUGAACAAUUCGUCCUUAUUUUUGUAAGUUUUCCCCCUUAUUUUCCUAUCCAAAAUUUCCCAUAGGUUCUCGAUGGGGUUUAAAUCUGGUGAUUGACUUGGCCAGUCCAUUACUUGAAUAUAUUGCUGUCUAAACCAAGCCUUUACAUAUUUAGAAGAAUGCUUUGGAUCAUUGUCCUGCUGAAAAAUGUGCCUAAGGGACAUUUUCUCGUCUGCAUAUGGAACCAUUUAAUUUUCCAGAAUAUCUUUGUACAUAAGUCUAUCCAUUAUCCCAUCAAUUUUAUGAAGUGGCCCCAUUCCGAAACCGGAAAAGCAGCCCCACACCAUAACUGAUCCACCACCAUGUUUUACUGUUGGACAAGUGUAUCUGGGAUUUAACCUUUGGUUUGCAGGACGUCGAACAUAGGCUAUUCCAUCACUUUGAAACAAAUUAAACUUUGAUUCGUCGCUGAAUAUUAUCUUUUUCCAGUCAUUAUUUGUCCAGUGCAAAUGAGAUCGAGCAAAAAGAAGACGGGAUCGUCUGUGUUUUGCAGAUAAUAAGGGCUUUUUUGCUGGACGUCUUGCAAGUAAUUUGGCCUCGCAUAAUCUACUUCUUAUUGUCCUUGAAGAUACCUGAACGCCUAAUUCUUCUGAUAAACGCUGCUUUAUUUUACUUGAACCCAAAAAUGGAUCACUCUGAGAUAUUUUCAAAAUUUGUUUAUCUUGAUAUUUAUCGGUUUUUCUUGGUCUUCCUGUUUUUUUUCUAGGUAAAACAUGUCCAUGCUUCACAUAACGUGAAAUUAUUCGCGAUACUAUAGAUUUAUUCAAACUAAACCCUUGCAAUAUUGAUUCGUUUUUCACCAUUUUUGUGACAGUCUAUAAUUCGUGUUUUUAAAUCAAUGGAUAAAGGCCGUCCUCUAGGCAUUGUAAACUAACUUUGCUUUUAAUGCAACCGGUAAACAGCUGGAAUUAAACUAAUAUUAUUCGAUUUGUAAGUUCUAAGAAAAAUGUUGCUCUACUUUUUGCCAGGUACACAAAUUCUUAUCAGUUUAAAAAUAAACAGAAAUAUUUAGAAGGUCAAUUCUUAUCUGAUUUAAGACUACCUACUUGACCAAAAGUAUUGUGGAUAAAUACCAUUGUUAUUCCUUUGUUAGUUGUCAAGAAAUUUUAUUUUUUUAAAAGUUGCUCUACUUUCUGCCACUACUGUACGUCCAGGGGACUGACAUCUCCGAUCUCCUUUUGUAGACCAUGGGGUCCAGUAAAUUCAAAAUUCUUAGAUCUUCCUUCAUAUUCUGUCCAUAUAACGUCACUUGGUCUUCGGUUGGUUUCUUCUCCUUCCAAAAAUUCCCCUUCCUCUUCUUCUCGGACUAAAUUGGCAACAAGUAGGCCAACGUCCUCUCUAUCUGCAGAAUCUUCUUCAUCAGAUGAUGAUCCAGCAUCUGAAUCGCAGUCAAUCCAAGAAGGAUCCUCAAGUGAAUCAUCUGAAUCUUCACAGAACAAUUCGCUAUCACUCGAAUUUUCCAAAAAAUGCCGAAGUUGUUCUUCGCUCAAGGCUUUAUUUUUUCGACUCAUCUUGAUUCACACUAAACUAUAACAAUAAAGAACCUUGAGUUUCCAUUUCAAACAUUGUCAAAGAGGAUCCAAAUCCAGGAUUUGAAUCCAACUUCCUUUCUAUGAGAAAAAAAUGAAAAAACAUCAAAAAACUAUUAAUUACCAAUGUUUUAUUUAAUAAAAUAAUGGAAAUGUAUCCAAAUAAAAUAUUGGCCCUUUGGUGAACAAUACGAAAUUUACCAUGGCACGCAAUGUGUUUUAAACCGACGUACAUUACUGGAAAAAAACAAUUGUAGGUGGGUUAAAUUUUACUUCAACAUACAUGUAGAGUUGUAUAAUAAGUGGGAGUUAAUAUAUGUUGUAAUUGAUGUAUAUCCCUCACUUAUUGCCUUCUAGGCAAAGCUUAAAAAUUAUUCGACUUCUUGUUCUUUCUCGUGGCACUGUAUUAUAUUGCGCUUAUAUGCAGAAAAAAAAACUCCAACCUGGAUUUGGACAGAAAAGUCGUGCAUGAGUAAGUAAGACGUUAAUUUAGAGUUAAUGAGGGAUAUAAAAAUGAUAUUUUAUUUAGUAGGUACCUAAUUAACAUGUUAAACGAUGGAUUUUUGUCCUUAAAAUUCGGCUAUACAUAUAAGGGCAUAUUGCAUAUUAGUUGCACUUUCUGGUGGUCUUUUUACCUUUAAUCUUUUUUUGUUUUUAUUCCAGGAGCUUUUGUAACUUUACAUAAAAGUAAGACCUUUUUUGUCUUUAGGUCACUAUCAUGAAAACUUAAUUUUUAUUAAACUUUAAUGGCCUUGAUAUUUAAUAAAUUGUUACCUUUGAUUAGCCAUUACACUAGUUUACGUGCUCAUUAAUUAUUAUAAACUUUUACCUAAUUUUACAAUUAUUAAAAUUCAUGUCUGUAUUUGAGGUGGAGUUGACGGUGACAAGGCCAGGAGAAAUAUAAUUUGUAUUUUUUUUAGAUUGAUUUUAAAAUAUUUUUAUAUGGUUCCUAAAUGCUUAACUAUUCAAUUGACAUUUACCCAUCUUUACACUUCCUAUAGUUUUGAGAACCUAUAAGUGGGAACCCAUUUAAAAUUUCCCUGUUUACCAAACCAUUUUAUAUAUUCAACUCAAGCACCACAUAAAUAAUAGUAUUUACGUUUUAUAGACUCUUAUGGUCCAUUGAUGAUUUUCUUCCUUAUGUAUUUAGCAUUUUCUACAGUUAAUUACUUCCAUAAUCAUUUACCUUAUAAAACAUUCUUAAAUUGUUUCUUAUGAAUUUUUAGCGACGUUAUUAAUUCGACCAUAUUAAGUGUUUGCUUGGUGUAACUUAAAAUUCAAAUCAUCUAUAUACGUAUUUUAUUUAUAUAACUACAAAUAUAAUCUUCACAGGGUGUAAUAUCGUAAAUAUUUAAGAACAAAUUUUUUUAGUCACUUAUAGUAUUAAUAAAUUCAACCAACAGGCACCCUGUAUACGAUAGUACAAAAGCAUAUUUUUUAUUAUUAUUUUUUUAUAGGGUGUCCCAAAUAUCCUUUAUAUGUGUAAUAACCUGACUUUUUUGUUGUUUAUUUAGGUGUUUUGUAGUACCCGCGCAGUUUCAUGUGAAAUCAUCUAAGAUGUUUGAAUUUUACUGAAAUUUUUAAUAAGGGGUGUCAGUAUUUAAUUUUAUUUAGGUAGUCGAUAUUUAAAGUAGUAAAUUUUACAUUCUUCAUGGAAAGUUACAUUUCCUUGUACCAGACUUUCCUUUAAUGUAAAUUUACACUACUUUACUUUAAUACCUAAAAAAGUGUCCUAUGUGACUCUAUAAGUGAGUUCAUCUUAUUUGGCAAUAUUUCGUCCUGGCAGUAGUAAACUAUAGCGAAUUUUAGACCUAUUAACCAAAAAAAGUACGUUUUAGAUAAAAAAUAAUGCCUUUUUUUCUUAUCAGACAUCGAUGUCCCAAUUAAACAAAAACAACUACAGUAAAAGCUCUUUAUUCGCGGGGUAUUAUACGUUUUGUAAAUAUACCGCGAAUAAAGAAACCGUGAAUAUGGAAUGGUAACCUUCUAGGUGAUGGUAAUUUCUAUGGUAACCUUCUGGUAUACCUUCCUAGGUGACAAAAUAACAAACCAGUACAUACAUAUAUAAAAAAUGAAUUUAAUUGAAGUAUUUGACCAUAUUGAUUAACUAUUACCUUCAGGCAAUGGCUUAAAGAAUUUUGUAAUUUUUUCUUGCUUGACAUUUUUUAAAAGCUUCUUCAAUUCAUACUGAAAUUCAGCAGUGGCAAUAGCAAUUUGCCUCAUAAAAAUAAGACUUCGUUCCAUAGAUGGAUCAAUUUUCAUAAAAAAAUCAAAGUUCAUUUGCUAAACCUUCGCUAAGUUUUAUUGAAUUAAAUGUCACGUUUCCAGUGCUUGUUGAAGCCUCUUCUUCAAUAGGCUGUGAAUUUAACAUUUCCUCCAAGUCCGUUUCAGUGAAAUCUCCAUUUUGCGAUUCAAGCAACGUCUGAAUAUCACUUGAUUCUAUUUGUUCGAACCCCUCUCGUCCUGUUUCAUUCACAAUUUCGGAUAUGUUUGCAGUCAAAGUUUGAAUUUGCACAGAUUCUUCGUCAUUUUCUGCAGUCAGAGCAGGCCACAAUUUUUUCCAGCAUGAUUUCAAUUUGUAUGGCUUGAGUUCUUCCAAUGAUUCUUUUUGAAUGAUGAAAUUUGACAUAGCAAAAGGCAUUGUAAACAUAGCCUUUUGCUAUGUCAAAUUUCUUCCAGCAUUCCAUAACAUUCAUAUCAGGAUCACAUUUCAUAUUAUCCAAUAUGAUUUUGAAGGUUCAUCUAAUAUAAUGGAGCUUAAAGGCCUGGAUUAUUCCUUGAUCAAAGUUGAAGCAAAGCCGUCGUAUUGGGAGGUAAAAAUAUCACUUUUAUAUAUGGAUGGGAUGACCUGGUGCAUUGUCCAAAACUAGAACUGCUUUAAAGUCUAAAUUCUUUUUUUUUUUUAAAUGAGUUUCAACUUCAGAUACAAAACAAUUCCGAAACCAGUCACAAAAAAUAGCGCUUGUAACCCAUGUUUUCUUAUUAGCACGCCAAAAUACUGACAGGUCGUCCUUGUUUUGAUUUUUUAAAGCACGAGGAUUUAACGAUCCUGAAAGCAUUAGUGGUUUAAUGAGACAAUCACCAGAUGCAUUAGAACAUAGCAGCAGUGUAACUCUAUUCCUUGCUGCUUUAAAUCCAGGGGCAGACUUUUCGCUUUUAGAAAUCAAUAUUUUGUUUGGCAUUCUCUUCCAAAACAGCACAGUUUCGUCUGCAUUAAAUACUUGUUCAGGUUUGUAUCCUCCAUCAGCUACUAAGUUUUCAAAUUCUUCUGGAUAUCCUUCUUUGAAUGCAGCUUCUCCAACAAUUUCAAUGCUAUGCAAUGAUUAUCUCACCUUAAAUUUAUUGAACCAACCUUCCGAUGUUUGAAAUCAAUCCUCCAUCUUUACAUUCACCACCACUACUACUACCAGGUUCUUUAAAAUGGGCGUAAAGAUGCUUCGCCUUCUCCCGGAUUAUUGGACCACUCAGAGGCACUCUUUUUUGGUUGCGGUCUUCAAUCCAUAAUGACAACGCCAUUUCUAUUUUUUCUAUUGCUGGAUCACGAACAACUUUCGCUGACAAUGAAGUUGAAGUUACAGACGACCUUAUUUUAUCUUUGGAUUUUUUUAUCGAUGGUACAGUUGUUUCGUUGAGAUUUGAAGAUGAAGCAUUUCUAUUCUCACUUUAAGCGGUAGUACAGAUUUUCUUCGCUUAAAAACUCGUUUUUCACUUUUUUUGGUCGACAUUAUAAAUUAGGAAGACAGUGGUAUAGACACGUGUGACUUUGUCACAGUUUUUGUAACGAAUGAAAUAACAUGAAUGGAAAAAUGAAUCAUUAAAACAAGCGAAGCGACUCUUAUAGCGAGGCUGCCCUAGAAAAUCGCAACCAAUACGGCGGCGACGUUGUAAUAUGGUCAAUUUUACUUUUUUAUUAGUCCAUUUGACGAUGGAUAUUUCGUUGAAUAACUAUUUGAAUCCUUUUUAUCAAUAUAUAUGUGCCGACGUACUGAUUCGAUCCGCAAAUAGUAAGACAUUUUUAGCCGCGAAUAUAGGAACUGGGUCGCAUUUUUUUAAUCCGCGAAUAGUGAAAACGCAAAUGAAGGAAGCGCGAAUAAAGAGCUUUUACUGUAUAACAUUCCACUUGACGGCAAGAAAGUGGCACUUUGGGUCCUCGAAAAUAUCGUGUUUCUUCCCGGUAAAACCGUACAAUAAUAUACAAACCACAGCAUCCUUUUCUGCCCUAGGUUAAUAAUUUAGUACUAAAACCUGAUUUGGUCUUAGAUUUAUAAACUUGACGUUGUUGCCGUAGGUAAACGCGAAGGGUUCUUUAAAAACAGUUAAAAUUUACGUCAAAUGUCUGGCAUAAACGAAACUAUAAAAAAAGCCUGGAACAAAAAUUACUUUCGAGAUUAUAGCGUUUUUUUACUGUUAGUUUUGGUGUGAAUUAAAACACUCGAUAAUAGUCAACUGAUUUAUUACAUAAUUAUUACACACGUACACAAUAAACACGAUGACUUAAGACUACUAGAAAAAUUUAUUUGUACUGUUUUAAUUUUCUAGCGGUAAGGGCAGGUAGACCACUGUUCCCGAACGUUCGUUUUAAUUUCUAUUAGUGCGUAUUAUUAUCUGCUAUUGUGUGUCCCGAGAUGUCGCGAGGUGUGCCUACCGCUCGCUCCAUCCUUGUCGCACUUUCGGGUCUAGGCGACGGACGAGAUGAUUAUACAAAUACAAAUAUUUCCGUUGCGAACCCAUUCUGGUAUUAGAGACACAAGCAGUGUUAAAUUGUGCUUAAAGCACUUUUAAAAAACAUCAAAUGAUAAAAAAAAUUAAGUGUUGAAUAGAAGUCCAUAUUUUGUAGGAGAAUGCGUAUAUAAAGAUUACAAAAUGGGGAAGUCUUUAUCUCCAAGGAAAAUGCAUGUAGGUAAAUGUAUUAGGCAUUUCGGCUGUGUAAACAGCCAUCAUCAGAUACAGAACAUUACAAAAAACAUAUACGUUCACCAAAUAAAACAAAAAUUACCCGUUAUCGGAAUAAAAUAUUAUUAUAUUAUAUUAAAUUAUUAUUGUUGUUUUUAUUCCGAUAACGGGUAAUUUUUGUUUUAUUUUAAAAGCAUUUUUUAUUCCCUAAAAAUGAUGUAUCUCGUUCAUACGUGACGUAACGUUCCAACGUAUUAACACGUUAACUGCUACGUGAAUCAAGUGUGUCUCACAGGUAGCAUAUUAGUUUAUGCCACGUGAAUCAGCCGUGAUUCACAGGAAAACUAUUGUAAUUAUGCCUGUAGCUAAUAACACCUCUACAAAUGUCUUUGAGUGGGUGUUGCUGUAGCUCGCCGGUGAUUCUCAGUAGCCAUAUAAAUCAAUGGUAAUUUAAAAAGCGUGACCUGGCGUAUAAAAUGUAAUGACUAGCACACUAAAUUUUUGUAUAAAUGGCGUUAAGUGCAAGGUUUUUUAAUUUUUGUCGAACAAAAACAAAAUUUAUUUUUGAAGAUAUUUUUAUUAGAAAAAAUUAAAGACAUUUUAGAAGCUCAAAGUACAGAUUAGGUAUACAAGGUACAUAGUUUUUAAAAGCAUAAAAAUAAUUAUUCUUUUAAGCAGACAUGACACUCAGUGAAACAAGUCACGCAGUAGUACUUAUCGCACUAAAUGCACUUCCAUCUAGUUUGUGCAGAAUUUUUUGCUGCCACAGACCUGCCCUUUUCUUUGGAUAUUUUGAAAUAACAAAGCAGCAUCUUCGCCGGUUAGCAGUACCGACGUCUUCCAAAAUAUGUUUCACUCGAUUUGCGUUUAUUUGUGAAUCUCUUCGCUCAUUUUGGUUUUCUUGGGAAAGAUGUAAAAGGGAUGUAGCAACUUCUUCUCUAAAUGCUGUUAUUGUCAUUUUUUGUCCAGUUACUACCCUAAACAAUAUGUACGCAUUUACCAUAGCCGCUCCCAAAAGCAAUUCCACCGCAAUUUUUCGGUACCAUUUAAUUCCCUUUCUCAAUCCCGUUUGUCUUGCCCUUUUGUAAUUACAACUCCUGUAUUACUCUCUUGACUAUAUGCUUCGCCUUUCUUUAGUUUUUUUUUAUAAGAUCUUUUGGAUUAUUUUUACGAUUUUUUCUAAGCGUACCUACUAAAUGAGUUUUUCUUUCUAGUAACUUGUAAGCCAGCUCCAUACUUGUGUAGUAGUUAUUUACGUAAAUGCACCGCCCACAGUCCAAAAGUGGUUCGCAAAGGUUCAUAACAACGUUAGUUGGCACGCUUCAUUCAUCUAUUUUUUCCUUGCCACAAUAUAUUUUCAGAUCAUAAGUAUAUCCUCCUUCAAGACAUAAUUUGUAUAACUUCACGCCGAACCUAUGCCGUUUAUUCUUGAUAUACUGCAUGAAAGCCAGCCUUCCACGAAAAGGGACAAGCGUUUCGUCAACGCAUAUUUGCUCUUUGGGAAUAUAGAACGUUUGAAAAUUCCCUUUUAGCUGGUCCAAAAGGGGUCCAAGUUUGUAUAAUCUAUUAGAACUAUCAGCAUUUUCAUUAUCUUGAAAAUGCCAAUUUGCCAGCAACAACUCAAACCUAUUGCGUGACAUCACAUUUGUAAUUUGGUUUACAUAAAUUUUCUUUUUGGACCAAUAGUCUGCUAAUUUAGGUGCACGAAGUAAGCCCAUCCAAAUUUGAAGACCGAUAAAAGCUAUAAUCUCCUCAGGUUUAGUAUUUUUCCAUUUAUUUAUACGGGACCAUUUUAAAAGUGUUAAUUCUUUUUUCUGCGCAGCGUAACGAUUAGUUUCCCUCACAAUGUUACUUACAACAUUGUCAUCCAUCAUCAGCUUGAAAAAAACAGGAGGCUUAUCAAUGUGUUAAAAUAAGUGAUUUACAAUACCACUUUCAGGAAUAUCAACUGGAAAGUUCUUUAGGUAUUUUCCAGUCACUUCUUGCCACAUCAAUCUUGGAACAAGUUCCUCAUCAUCUGAACUAUCUAACUGAAACUGCUGAAUAACUGGCUCUAUGGUCUCCGAAAUAGCGUCAUUUUUAUUUACGUUUUGGAAAAAUGGUGGAUCAUCAGCUCUGUUAAGAAGUUGCGUACUGGAACCUUCUCUUCCAACAUCUGUAAAUCCUAAUGAAGUGCGCAUGUUUAUUGAUUUCUUCUUUUUUACUAAUGGCUCGUUGCUAUUUUCCGAAAUACAUGAAGAUGAUGAAGGCAAACUAUGAGGUUCAUAUUCAUCUGAGGAUUCUCCGAAAGGAUCGGGCUCUUCAUCAGAAAAUAUCUCGUUCAUCAGCUUUUAAAGACGCUGCUCUUCUUUAUUAUAACUAUCCAUCUUUUCAAAAAAAAUCUAAAAUUAGCUUGGAAAACAAGAUUUGCGAUAAAAUCUUACCUUAGUCAAUAAUAAAGACCGCUAAUAAACAAAUAUCAAAACACACACCUUUUCAAAACACAAGUUUUCAGUUCUUUACUGUUUGACUGAUCACACAUAAAUGACGAUAAACAACAAAAUAGACUAGUUUUGUUUUGAUUCAAGUUAAUCAAAUUAAUCUAAAUGUUCGAAAUGACGACCAUUAAUUUGUAAGCAUUUCCGCGCAUUUGAAUGUUGUUGAAUGAAUUGAAAUUUUGUUGUACGCUUCUCUUAUUUUUAAGCUUAGGUCCUCUAAAUUUUCAGGCUUAGUUUAAUAAACCUGGUUCUUAAUAAAACCCCAUAUGGAAAAAUCCAUGGGUGUUAUAUCAGACGAUCUUGCGGGCCAAUUUAUAGGACCGAUUAUUAUUACCAAUCCAACAAAUAUUAACAUGAAUAAAAACUGGUGCGAAAGCUUGUCAAAAAUAUUAUUGUUGUUUGGUAAUUAUGACAACGCAGACUUCGACUACUGUCACAGUUAACUAAAUUGAACGGAUAAUAUAAAUAAGUAUUAAAAUAGUUUGAAACUACAUUUUUUAACAUAUUUAUCUGCGUGCUUCUCUCCACAUACAAUGCAACUAUUAUCAUCAUCUUCAGUAGUAGUGAGCGAAUUAAUGCCGGUCGUACCUCUAAUCUGCAACUUUUCAGCGCUUUGGUUAUUAUUAUCUUCAAUAGUUAGCUCUAACUAGCAGACUUAACAUUUUUUUAAGGGUUUGUGGUCUGUGAUGUCUCUAACUCUAAAGGAACGUUAAUUAACGGCGUCAAGUUUAUAAAUUAUCCUGUAUAAGAACGUCAUGUGGUGUUCAAGGCAACGUCAGAAUUGGGUGCCUUGAAAAAAAAAUUUGAUUUCACCAGAAAUAACACUUCCUGACGUUAAAUCACAUCCAACGUCAAGUUUAUAAAUCUAACUAGUAGUUUCCAUUAAAGGCACCGUUCGAACUAAUUCGAAACUUGGAUGAUUUCACAUGACUCCUUUAAUAUCGUAUUAACCUAUUCCGACCUCUGAUCCCCCCGUCUUCCCCUUGUGUGUGUUUUAGGGGUGAACUGAGCCCGGCUUGCCGUCGUCUCCGCCCACCGUCUCCCGCCCGCUCGCCACCGUAGCCGCCCCCCGUCCCGCCACCGGACCGCCGCCGCCCUUUUUCCUUUCGUGUCUUGCGUGUUGCGUUGUUGGUUGCCGCGGUGUCGCCCUCCCUUUUUUUAACCAAUAAAAACUGUUUGAAUUAGUUUAAUAGAGGUGAAACUGAACUGACUUAAUAUUGCCGACCGUUUCGGCUUAUAUUGAGCCAUCCUCACGCAACUAUUAAACAAUAAGAACCCUUCCUAACCGUAUUCCUUGCAUCGCAAUUAGUUCGUCGCAUGGUAGGCAGGUAAGCUGAGUGAGUAGACGACGCUUCGGGCUUUGCGGCCUCGUCAAGUAGAUUGUUUUUUUUUUUAAUUUUUUUUUGGUGUUAUACAGUGCACAUGGUUAAAGGAACAAAUUGAUAUUUUUUUCUUCUUUUAAGUUUUGGACACAUCGAUUAGAAUUGUCACUUUCUUCGAAAUAAAAAAUUUCUUUACAGGGUGCCAUAAGUAGAAACUAUGUCAACAUUCAUUUUUUUAAAUAGAACACCCUGUAUAUUAUGACGUUUUACAAUUCUAUAAUAUAUUCUGAAUACUUCUUGUUUAGCAUACCAUAUGCUUAAAGUCAGCGGUUUGUCAAAAUUAACGUGAUAGACUAAUGAAACAUACAACAUUAAAAAAUAAAAAUUGAUUCAGAUUUAUUGCAACUAAUGUUUAAUUUGCUGUCCAUAUACUUCAAUGCAUUUUCGAAGUCGGUAAAUAACUUCCAGUUGCACAUUUUCAAUCACUCGCUUAGUCUUAAUUUCUUGUCGGAUUCUUUGCAUUAAAUCAUCAACAUUAUUUGGUCUAAAUAGCCCCAUAAGAAAAAAUCUAAUGGGGUUAUAUCCGGCGACCUUGAUGGCCACUCAAUCUAAACAUCAAGCGCCCGGUCUCCAAAACCAAUCAUCAUGAGUACUUUAAUUCGUUCUUUCUCAGAUAAAGGCAUUUUAUUAAAAAAAUGAUAAGUGAACUGACACAAGUCACAUAAAAAAUUAACGUUGGCGACAUAGUUUCUACUUGAGGCACACUUUAAUAGAAAUGUUUAAUGGAUGUGUCUUAAAAUAAAAGAGGAAAAAUUACCUGAAUUUUAAAUGAACUAAUUUCUUUGAUCGUGAAUGCACUGUAUAGGGAGUUUUUUUGCAAUUUUUACAUAUCGAAGAACUUCCUGCAUAAUGUCAGUUUGUGUGUCAAUUUAUGCUCCAAACUAACCAUCAUAACAAAAGCCUAAUACGUUUUUAGUUUGAUUUAAGUACUUAUACAGGGUGUCGCUGUUGUUCUAAAAAAAAAAUCACAAAUUUAGGCUCAGUACUGUAAAUCCAUAAUAAUUGUUCCGGACAAUACGCAAAUGGUCUGACGUGUGAAUCAAGCCAACAAAUAUAACAAAUAUUUUAGUGGCCUAUUAUAAAUAGAUUUAUAAUAAAAUGUAGUUUAUCUUGGUUUGCAAUGUUAACGCGUGAACUGUGAUGUCAAUAUUUAUAUUUUUACUAUUGUAUUUAUUUUAUCUGUACUUAGAAACUGUCAUUUCUAAUGUUAUUGAGCGAAUAAAAGAACUAAAUGUAAAGUUUA